AUGUUAGCUGCGUUAGGUGUAUUAGAAAAUUCGACUGUUAUUAUUAUUGCCAGUAUACUUGUUAGUCCAUUAAUGAAUUCAAUAUUAGAUAUUGUAUUUGGUCUUUCUAUGCGUGAAAAUUCAUUAUGGCAACAAAGUUUGCGAAAUGAAUUAAUCGGUUUAAUUAUUUGUCUUAUUAAUGGAUUUAUUCUUGGAUUCUUUACAACAUUUGUCGAAACAGACCGGAGAAAUUCAACAAGUUUUUCAACAUCUGAAAUGAAAUUACGUGGUUCACUUUUUGGUGUUGCUGUUUCGGGUUUUAAAUGUAUUAAUAAUGAUUAUCAACCAUUUUAUACAUGUAAUAUUUCAAGUGAAGCAGUUAUAUUAAUUUGUUGUAGUUUAUUACUUAUUAUUGUUAAUAUAAUAUGCAUUAUAAUUAUGGUAUUAACUAUAUUUCGCAUAAAAGAAGUUGUUCUAUUACAUCAAUCGAAUAAAAAUAUAACUAAAUUUUUUCAUUAUGAUGUUAAAAUUGCACGUGAUUAUAAUAAAAUAAUUCAUGAAAAUGAUUCAAAUGAAACAAAUUUUACAACAACUAAUCUUCGUAGAAAUGAUUUAUCGAAAUCUAUUAUCAAUCAAUGGAAAUCCUUUAAAUUAUCAUUAUCAGUGAAUGUUGAUUUAGAAUCAAAUAACAACAAUGAUAAUCUAUUGUCAAAUGAUAUGAAAUCACAACGAAAAUUAUUUCGUUUUAAAUUAUUUACAAAAGAAUAUGAUCUUGAUAUAUUUAAUAGAGAUGAUUAUCAUUUAACAAAUUCUAAUAGUCGAGAAAAAGUACGUCUUCUUGUUAAUGAUCUUGUUGAUAUAUGUCAAGAAAUGUCAUCAAUAUUUGUCGAUCUAUAUUGUCUACAAUCAUUAGGUACACAAUUGUCAUCAACGAAUAAAGAAUACAUGUCAUUUUUAUCAAGAAAUCAUGGAACUUUUACCGCCUAA